UUUACAGCUUUUGCAAUGACAAAUCAACAAUAUCACACAAUAAGCACCAGCACUAUGCCAGUGAAGGACUACUACGACGAUAACACCAGCAGUAACCCACCUUCUAUAGCUGACCCCGAAGAUGCACAUUUACGCGAGCAUGCAGCUGGCAACGAUUAUUCAGAAAAGAGCACUGAAGACACAAAAUCAUCAGAACAAAAAGAAAUUGACAAGAAAACCAAACGACGCAACAGAAUACGAGCAAUCGCACGCGUAUUGACCCUUAUAAUAGUCGACUUGGGUCUGCCCCUUGCUCUCUUUUUCAUUCUGAACACGUAUUCGACACCAGUCAUUGCCCUAAUUUGCGCCGGUAUUCCACCGCUCCUACGUAUCAUCUACACCUCUAUCCGACACAAGCGCUUCGAUUUUUUGAACGGUCUUGUCAUCGUUGCUUUUGCUGUAUCAGCAAUCGUCACCGCCAUCAGCGGCGACAUAAAGGUGAUUCUUUUGCGGGAUGCAGUCACCACAACCCUCAUGGCUAUCAUCUUUAUAUCCACUUUGAUCCCUUUAAAAACACGGUGGUUCACGUUCUACCCUCUCAUACAUUUGAUUGGCCGCGAAGUAUUCGAAGCAUUUCCGGAGCAGAAAUGGACGGACGAAAAUGGCGUCGAACAUGAAAUGAUGUAUGCCGAAUGGAUGUGGCAAGAGAUGCGUUUAUACAGAACGUGCUGUCGUUCUCUUACGAUCGCUUGGGGUGUCACGUUUUUGGGCGACGCUAGCUCGCGUGUAGCUAUGGUGUUCACAGGUGUCCCACCGGAGCAGAUAAUAGUCAUCGGUCUUAUCAUUUCGGCAGCAACUCUCGGAGUGCUUAGUAUUGCAAAUGUUAUCGUAUUCGUCUAUUUGCGAAAACGAUGUAUUCCAUUUAGCGAGCGUUGGAUGAAGACCCACGAUUAUUCUCAGUCGACUGGCCGUGUGAACUAUAACAAUGACGAAAGUCCUCUGAUGAAAAAUGAGCAAACUUUCUCUUCGGUACCGAUAUCCUAAGUCGUCUUUAGUAGUUUGUAUAAUAUGAACAGCUUUUUCACUUUGUAUAAUAAACAUUUUGGUUGCCAG